UUUCUUACGGAGUCCUCGCGAUAAUUGCAGAAUGGUGCAGCUUCAAGUUAUCGAUUUGCUGAAGACAACUUGUGGACCGGGCUGUCAGAGUAUCAGGUCCUGCUGGAGGGUCAGACUACCUCUACCUGCUCGACCUGGCGUAUCAGACCCUAACGAUCUCAAGAAACUACAGAUAGGGGAUAUCUGCCGGUCCCCCAAUGUGAUAAAGGCCAACAAUCCGGAAGUAGUUGCAAUAUUGGGGGACGAGUUCUGUCACCUUGUAUGUGAUCUAGAGCUGGACAGUUUGGAGGAGGAGUUGUGGGAAAUUACCUGGUACAAGAUGAGACCUAACGGAGAGUGGGAUGAGAGUGUAAUGAGUAAGAACAGCAGGUACCGUCUCUCAGAAGACAAUCUGGCUCUGAGAAUAGGGAAUGUUAUUUAUGAGGACAGAGGUAUCUACAAGUGCGAGAUUGUGAACGUAGAGGGAAAAUAUAAACGUAGUCGAGGGGAAUUCAACGUUAUCGUAAUACCCCAGGAUUGUGAAGAUGGGAGAGUGAGGAUACGCGUGGAACAGACCCCGAUAUGUUGCAAACUAGGAGACAGAGUCAAUAUGGCAGCCAUCAUCGAGAAUAAACCACGCAAGGCCAAAGUGGAUUGGUUCAAGAUGAGGGGAAUCGAGGAAGUUUCACCAAGCAGGAGAAAAUUCAAAAUAACUCACCACAAAGAUGUCACGCAAGCGCGUAUAAAGUCCGCUUCUACGGAAGAUUCCGGAGUUUACCGGAUUAAAGUGGUCUCUUCCGGUGAUUACGCUAUCGGACACAUCGUGCUUAAUGUUAACACAGCUAACAGUGAGGUGGAAGUUGAGGAAAUGAUGAAAAGAGCCUUUGCUGUUGUCGACCAUGAAAACUCUGGCCUACUGCUUCCUUCUCAGGUAAAAGAGACGAUGUCUAACUUAGGACUGACGGUUCCUAACGGGUGUAUCGAUGACGUCAUAUAUUUGGCCAUCAACCCCACGAGCAAAUUGGUUCACUAUAACACGUUUAUUGAUAAGAUAGUUUAUCAGUACAAGUCAGAACUUGGAGAACUCACUUAGAUUUGCUAUUUUGUUCAAGAAAUCAGUUGCGUUAAGUGAAGAGCUGUUUUUUAUCGAGAAGCUUUAAAAAACGAUCCUUUAAGUUAGGU